UGAGAGAGAGAGAGGGUUAUGUGUGUAAGUGAGUGGUGCUUGGAGAUCUGACCGCUGAGGGCGCUGUGGGCGCGUGUUCUGUGUUACACUCGCUGCAGAAGGAGCAGAAGCAGAAGAGGAAUGCGGAAGUGGGCGUGGUUUAUGUCUCACAGGACGGCAGCAUGGCGCUGAACGCAGAUGAGGAGGAUUUCGAGUGGGAGCCCCCGAGCGAGGCGGAGAUGAAGGUGUUUCAGGCGCGUCGAGAGCGUCAGGAUAAAAUCAGCAAACUGAUGGGAGAUUAUUUACUAAAGGGCUACAAGAUGCUGAGCGACUGCUGCGACGCCUGCGGGACGAUCCUGCUGCAGGAUAAACAGAAGAAGAAUUACUGCGUGGCGUGUCAGGAGCUCGACUCGGACAUCGAUAAGGACAACCCUGCUCUGAAUGCUCAGGCGGCUCUGUCUCAGGUACGAGAGCGUCAGCUCGCCAAUCAUCACCCCCUCAGUGCAGAUGAGACCCCGCCCCCCGUGUCAGAAGCCCCGCCCAGCAGCAGACCCGAGCACUGCGAGGGAGCGGCGUCCGGACUCAGAGGCCCGGCCCCUCCUCUUCCUCCUCCGCAGCCCCGCCCCCCUCCUGCUCCAUCCUCCCCCCCGCUGCAGAACCCGAGCGGUCUGUCCAGCUCCGCAGCUCUCCCCCCACGCCCCCCUCCUCCCCGUCACCAGGCCGCCGCGGACGCGCAGGACGCCGUGCUGGAAAAGCUGCGCUGGGCCACGACGGAGCUGCAGACGGCCAUCUCGCUCGAGUCCUGCGUGCAGCUGUGUGGUCUGAUCCGCACCUGCGCAGACACGCUGCAGAGCCUCAAACACCUCCAGCACUGAAACUGUACACACACACACACACACACACACACACACACACACAUUUACAGCACUGACUCUGAGUUCCUCUCUUCACACUGGUUGGACAUCGCUGAUCUCACACCAGGCUGGCGUGGCCUAGUUUACUGUUACAGAUGUAUUUACUCUCUGUGCGUGUGUGUGUGUGUGUGUGUGUGUGUGUGAGUGACACACACAUCAUCACACAUAUAGUUGUGUAUUGUAAUAAACUCUGGAGGUGAAGCUGCAGUUACACUGAUUUACUUCUCAAUUAGAAAUAAACAUCAGAACUGUGGUCUCA